UGAUUAUUUCUUAUUCUGUGAAGUAAUUUUAACCUAACCUAACAAACUUGUUUGCAUUUGUAUGUUUGUUGUGAUAAAUUUCCAAAGAGACGAUCGUCGUUGAAAACUCUGUUUCUUAGGAUCUUAGGAAGUGUUAUUGAAUGCUGUGAUAAUAUUAUUGGAUCUUUGCAAUACUGCUAUUAGCUUAGAGACCAGAUUAGGCCUCCGCUGGACUGGUGGUGUAACAAGGACUAAUGAUUAUUUAAUUUUCUGUACAUAUCUUCCAAUGAUAUAUUUCAAAAUUCAAAGAUGAAAAGGUAUCAAGAAAAAAUAGAAGAACUCCAAAAUUACUUCAAAACUCACAGCAAAUCUAAAGAAUAUGUAGGGCAUUCAUCCAAAGUACACUCAGUGGGGUGGAGUUGUGAUGGAAAACGAUUGGCAUCAGGUUCAUUUGAUAAAUCUGUGUGUGUUUAUACAUUAGACAGAGACAGACUGAACAAAGAACACACUUUUAAAGGACAUGGUGGUUCAGUGGACCAGCUAUGUUGGCACCAAACACAUCCUGAUCUCCUCAGCACAGCUAGUGGUGACAAAUCUGUUAGAAUAUGGGAUACUAGAGUUCAAAAAUGUGUUGCCACAAUAAACACUAAAGGGGAAAACAUAAAUAUAACUUGGUCUCCUAAUGGUCAAGCUAUUGCUGUUGGAAAUAAAGAAGAUUUGGUUUCUUUCAUAGAUGCAAGAACACAUAAGAUUGAAGCUGAAGAACAAUUUCAUUUUGAGGUCAAUGAAAUAUCAUGGAACAAUACCAGCGACUUAUUUUUUUUGACUAAUGGUCAAGGAUGCAUUCAUAUUUUGAGUUAUCCAGAUUUGAAACGCCAACAUAUAUUAAAGGCUCAUCCAGGAACAUGCAUUUGUAUAGAGUUUGAUCCUACUGGGAAAUACUUUGCAACAGGAAGUGCAGAUGCCCUGGUAUCUCUUUGGGAUAUUAAUGAACUUGCAUGUCAAAGAGUUUUUACAAGGAUGGACUGGCCUGUGCGAACAAUAUCAUUCAGCCAUGAUGGGCAAUUGUUAGCCUCAGCUUCAGAAGAUCUUAUCAUCGACAUAGGCUUUGUUGAAACAGGUGACAAAAUAUCGGAUAUCACAGUGGAAGCAGCCACUUUUACUGUUGCUUGGCACCCAUCUCUUUAUCUUUUAGCGUAUGCUUGUGACGAUAAAGACAACUAUGACAGAAAAAGGGAUGCAGGUAGUUUGAAAGUAUGGGGUUUUCAAUCUGACUGAUAAUCUAUUUUUUUUGGAAGUGAGUUGGGAAAUUAAAUAUUUAGGUAAAAA